GGUAUAUAUACGUUGAAGUUCUCAUUUACAACUCUGGUAUGGUCGGCUUCUAUAUUGCACAUGCCUUCUUCGCAGUCGCCCGCCGUCUCCACAAACAAAUCAACCUCCUGAUCGGACAUGGUUUAAAUCAGAACAACAAGAUCUAGGAUGGCCAACUAAUCACGACCGGUGGAAUAUUUGCACCGACCAUCCGCUACAACAAUGGCACUUUCUACAUCGUCACGACUUAUACAGACACUCGGCCGCGAGACGUUCUUGAGCCCGUUCACCUGGAGCGUAGAUGGUUGGCCACUCGCAAACGAGGGUAAACUCAUCACCCUUGAUAUGUGGGACCCGAACUUGCCUUCUCAGUCGAAUGUCAGCAAGGUUCUAGUCGACGACUUUUCGUCCCCGUCACUACAGCUUGGCUGGGAGUUUAGAGCUACACCUUCAAGACCUUGGUGGAGGAUAGAAAACGACUCUCUGAUCCUGCGAGGCACUGUUGCUACACUGUCUGCACUGGACGUAAUGGCGCUAGUCCUCAGAAAACAAGAUGCGCUGUUCUACGACUUCAGUGUAGAUAUGUCGUUCAACCCUACAUUGCCCACUCACGAAGCUGGCAUUGUCGCCUGGGUCAAUGAUCUCUACCACAACACCAUCUCCCUCGUGCAAUGCCAAGAUCAAACCAACGCUACUUGUUUGAGGAUCUUGACGAACGUAGGAGAAAGAGGUGGCGAAUUCGAUGGCAAUACGACUACUAUCUACUAUCCACUUCCCACUGCACUUAGCAACACUACCCAAUCUAAGAGCGCUGCGAGUCUUAUACGGCUUCGUGGAUGGCUCCUCACUAUGAAUGUCGUAUCUCCUGGCAAGGCGCUAGAAUGGACAUGUGGAAGUCGUGAGAGGGCCUUAUUAGCAGACUUCUAG